AACACCUGUUUAGGAGUCUUCUGGCGGGUUUUUAUAACUUAAAACAAAUAAACGUAAUUCCUCCUGUCAACCCGACCCACCAUUGCAGCCAAACAAAAAAUCCCUAAUUUUUCAUCUGUCUCACUCUUGACUCUCAAACCCUAACAUUUCAAGAUAGCAACAGGAUGGAUACAAUGGUUGAUUUGAAGUUUAAUUAUGGAGGUACUUGGAUACAUAAUCCUGAGCUUCAGUAUGUGAAUGGUGAUGUUGAUGUGCUUUGUGACUUUGAUAUUGAUUUUUUGAGCUAUAGAGGUGUAUUUUUGAGAUAUCAGAACUUUUUAGGGUUUAAGUCUGUGGAGAGGAUUUUCAUUCUUGAACCCGGGAAAAGAUUAGGCGAUGGACUUUUCUUAAUUGAGGAUGAUGAUUCUAUUAGGCAGGUCUUAAACCAUAUGCGUAGAAACAGCAGGGUGGGGGAGGUGGAAUUUUACGCGGAUAAUGAUGUAGAUAUCCCUCAUUUAGUACCUGAAAUACUAACAAUACAAGCACCGCCUGCUGAUAUACAUGCCGAUUCAGGAAAUGUUGGUCACUAUUCAGGGGAUGGUGGCUGGGUAAGUCAGCGAAGCCAGUGUUUGACCACUGAACGUGUUAUUAGAAGGAAUCACCAUCAAACUACGAAGCAGCCAACUAAAAGGAAUACUGGCUCUGGUUCGAGGUCGAGGUCGAGGUCAGGCUCAUCUGUGCUGACAUGCAAUGAUGGAGCCAAUUCAGAAACUGUUAGUCACUGGUCACAGGAUAGUGAUAAAGUAAGUCCGAGAAACCGACAUGUAGGCAAAGGACUCUUAAUUAGAAGGGAUUGCCAUCAAAUUCAGAAGCAAUCGGACAAGACUUCUAGCUCUGGCUCAAGUGCAAACUCAGGCUCGUCUACGAUGAGCCGCAAGGCUGAGGCAAUUUUGAAUAUGCUAUCUUCUGGUGGUGGUUCCUCUGAAGUUCAAAUUCGUCGAGCUCUUGGUGAUACUCCUGAUACUAGUAAAGCUCUCAGAAUGUUGUUAAAGGAAAAAGAGGUUAAAAGGUCAGGGACAGGAGGACGUUUGGCUCCUUUUAUUUAUAUGAUAGUAUGAGAAAUUAGGUGAUUGAGCCAGCUUGCACAAACAGUAAGUAAGGGUUUUCAAGAUUUUUAACCACUCCACUCAGUAUAGGGAAAUUUUGGCAUAUGCAGAUAUGUAAAUGUUAUGGAUAGUAAUAUUGACAAGUGAAUAGAUACGGUAUUAUCCGGGUAGGCUUAAUUUAGACCCAGUUAGUCUUGCUGUCCUUAGUUACAUUUUUAUGUUUUUCACAAGGUAGAAGUAUAGUUGCAAGAAGUUGAAACAAUUGUAGGAUUGUAUUCAUGCAGAUACAGUAUGGUUGCUGUAUAUGUCUGAAGUUCAAAUUGAAUUUGUUUUUUUCCGGGUAUUAGUAUAUGCGGCCUUUUUCGUUU